AUGCCGUCCCCGUCCCUCCUCCUCCCGCUCCACCAUCCGCCAUUCCCCCCGCGCUUCGCGUCCUCCCGGUACCCACCCCGCUUCCUCAGAGCCCCACCACGGCUGACCCCGACGCCUCGCCUCGCCCUCCCCCCACUCCGCCUCCCCGCCGUGGCGGCUCGCGCCAGCGGCCAAAGGGAAAUCCGAGUCGCGGAGGGAGACGGAAGGCGCGCCAUCCCCAUCGCGCGCUGCUACGACGCUGGCCUCGCGCGGCUCGAGGUCGCCGGCGCCGCGCGGCGGGAGCAGAUUUUGCAAGCCAAGGAAGUUCAAGAGAAGGCCAGCAAGAUAAAGAAAGACUAUGGCGAUGAUUUCUUCUCGGAAAACGAACCUGAUUCCGACAGUAUUUUGGCUAUGGCCCUUAAGCAAGUUGUUCCUGUGGAUUUUAGCAUUAGUUCAUCAGAUGGAAAACUUCUAUCUGCUCUUGCUGAAGCCAUCUUCUCAUGUGUCAUUGAGGAUACCGAAAAGAAUUACCUCGGGGGCACUGCUGCAUUCAAGAAUACAGAGCUUAAAGGCUGUCAUGAGUUAACAAAUAAUAGGCGGGAAGUUCUUGUAUCCCACUUCCAACUGGGAAUGUUCUUGACAUGUAUUUUGAAGAUCAAUUCACAUUACUCUGGCAAAACUUUUCAUUCCCACUGGAAUGCAGAACCAUCAAAGAUUAGAAAGAACAAUGGUUAUCUGAACAAGCUCUUUGCUUUUCUGGCUGGUAGCUCUGUUAUUCUUAUUGUUGGUGUCCUUGCUCAGUUAUUCUGGCCUCAGUCUCUUAAAGACAAAAGUUUGUUCAUGGGUAGUUCAUGCUCCUCCUCACCACAAAGAUAUUGUUCUGAUGUCCAUUCUCUGGAUAAUAGUGAGGUACGAGGUUAUUGCGUAUCUGUUGUCAAGAAAAUAAAAGAUUCAUGUGGUUGCCCUGGAGAUAUAGUGGUUGAUGAAAAUAUUGGAGCUUGGGUUGGAGAACUGCCUGACUGCUUCAAGGCCAUCAAUCUUGGCGAGUAUGCAGCUUCUGAUGAUGCUCGGGAUUCCCGUACUGUUAGCCAAGAAACUGAGAACUUAUUGGUGUCAAGUCCCACUGAGACGACUUCUCAUCUUGAACAAAAGGAUAAUACCCGGGAAAGUCUGCAGAAUAUUGCUAGUUUUCAGGUGGUGAUGUCAGAACAAGGUAAACUAGUGGGUUUUCAGCCAACCAGUCGCUUAGCUGUGAGCCAUUGGGCAAAUAACCCGUUAGCAGCACUGCUGUACGAGGGGCGGAAGCUUUCUCCAGCCUUUCUGGAGCCUAGGCUUAAACUAUGCUGUCCUGCUAAGGUUGUCCCAAUUGAAUUACUGAUGUCGGUAAAUUCAGAACCUUUUUUUGCUUUGGCGAGGCCUGUUCAAGAUCCAUGCUAAUGGAGGUUAUAUUGCUGACAUACCGAUAUCCUGGCAGUCGCAUCGUCAUAUCCGGAGCCUGCUGAUGCAAAACUCACACCCCUUCUGAGUUGCCUUGGCCUCAACCUUGGCUCACGGAAACCUGGAAUGGUCCUCCCUAUACCUAGCUUCUCCGCUGCACAGCCACAAAGCUGCACGUAAAUAUAUCAUACCGAACAACAGUGAACAUCACUAACCUUCUGACCAAAAACACCACCCAUUUAGCUGCACAGAGUCUCCACCAUCAUUUGCUUGCAACUCAAACCAUAAUUCCUCUGCACGGUUUGCUUUGAAACCCAGUUUUGCAUUGUGCAUGCCUGAUUUUACCCGUGCAGUGAAACAGAUACAAGGAAAAGCAGAGUGUGUGUCUGUACCGAGUAUGUCGGUGAUGAGCCGGCCAUUGCUGAACCGACCAGUGGGCCUUCCGCCGAGGAAGCUGGCGCCGUACGGCAGGAAGUUGGCCCUCAUCACCGUCUGCAGCCGGUUGUUGUUCCCGGGGUCCACCGUCGAGUCCCCGAACACCAGCAUGGUCGUCCAGCCGGUGGCGCUGUAGUUGAGUGCCCUUCCAGGAGCUGG